AUGCCGCCUACUUUGCCGGCCAGAGGUGGUCCCUCCUCGUCGAGGGCCAAGGCGGUGAUGAGGAGUGUUGGGGGGAAGGCGCCGCUCGGGGUUGGGAAGGGGAAGGUGGGGGCCAAGAGGCAUAGGAGGAUUUUGAAGGACACGAUUCAGGGGAUUACUAAACCUGCGAUUCGUCGUCUCGCCCGCCGCGGGGGCGUUAAGCGUAUCUCGGGGAUGAUCUACGAGGAGGUCCGUAAGGUUCUCAAGGAUAGGCUUUCAGUGAUCCUGAAGGAUAUCACUACUUAUACCGAGUAUCGCGGUGCGAAGACCGUCACGGUCGAGGAUGUCAUCUUUGCCCUCCGCCGUAUCGGUCGUCCGAUCUAUGGUUUUGAUCCCGAGACUUAUACUGCCCCUAUGACGGGAAUGAAGAGAAAGGCGAUUGCGGGCGCGUCGCAGGAUAUGGAUGAAGACUAA